AGCAAUGAAUAGCCGGUCAUCCGUGUCUCAUCCCAAGAUUGUGACCCGCCAUGUAGGAAGCUGUUUGUUAACAACCACGCUCUUUAUCAAAAGAAGAUACAUUAACAGCACUGUUCGAUGCGAACGCAACAAAGCUAUUGCAGCACAAGAAACAAAGCUCAAACUCAGAGACACGAGCGUCGAUCGAUGGCGCGGUCGAGCAAGUACACGCUGAUGAUCGCCUUGCUCGUCGCACUCGCCGUGGUCCUGCAGCCAUCUUCGGCGAUCAGAGCCGGAGGAGCUCUCGCCGCGGAUCCAGACGUAGCGGCACCGUCGUCCCCCGACGCUGGCGGCGGCAUCCCGCCGCUGCUGCCGCAACCGAGGGAGUGCCGGCCGUGGCUGAUGCGGAUGAUGCCGUGCGCGGGGUUCAUCACCAACUCCAGCGUGUACGCGCCGGAGCCCACCUGCUGCGGCGGCUUCAACUCGAUGUUCGCCUACGGCACGGUCACCUGCCUGUGCCACGUCGUGAACGGCGACGUCGGCCGCCUCCUGCCGGCGCCCAUGAUCCACGCGCGCAUGGUGGAGCUCUUCUCCGUGUGCGGCCACGACGUGCGCGUCGAGAUGCUUGCCGCGGCGUGCAAUCUGACGGACCAUGUGCCACCGAUAGACCUUCCGAGUCCUCCACCGUCGAUGCCAUUGCCGUCGCCAGCGCCAUCGGAUGGCAUUGACUAACUAGCAGGGACAGCCAUUCAACUGUCGUCCGAAGGAUAACAAUAAGUUAAUAACAGGGCUUGCUGAUUCUGUCACGAGCUAUAAUUUCUGUGCGUCCUCUUCUGGGAUAAGUUACAGCCUCGAUCUCUUCCUUGUUUAGGGAAUAGGGAGUGAUAUAAGUUAAGGAUAUACCUACGUCAAUCUGCGAGCAACUCAACUAGGAUAAUUUUAUCUACUUAAACAACAAGCUUAUAGCUUGUUUUGUUUUUCUGCGAUUGAAUACUAGUCUGAAGUCCCUUCAGUACUACUGGAUUCAGAACCU